GGCUGAAACAAAUGGCACUUCGACACCGGCAAAGAAGCUAAGACUACUGAUGCUGCAUGGCUACACCCAAUCUGGGCAUCUUUUCGAGAUCAAGACCAAAGCGCUCAAGAAAAGUUUAGAAAAGCAUUUUCCUCCCUCACCCAAACCAGGCCACCUGAAGCAGUAUCCUGGCGGCAUCGAACUUGUAUAUCCUACUGCACCAAUAAAGCUUCAGCCCACAGAAGUUCCUGGAGCCGAACUAGAUGGCGACAAAGAUCUUGACGCAUAUGGCUGGUGGCGACGAAAAGGCGAUUCCGAACCUUACACCUACGAAGGAAUGGAAAUCGGUCUAGCAGCAAUAUCAAAAGUCCUGCAAGAAGCCGUUGAGCAAGGCAAGCCAUUUGAUGGCGCACUAGGUUUCAGUCAAGGCGGUGCUGCUGCAGGCAUGGUCGCAGCCUUGCUCGAGGAUGGGCGACGAGAGGCAUUCGAGAAACUGCAAGCGAAAGGCGGAAUGAGAUAUCCGGACGAGUUCACGAAAGACACCGGAUAUAUGGAAGAAGUGGUCCAUCCGCCUUUGAGAUUUGCUGUCAGCUAUUCUGGUUUCGGAGCGAGUACGCACGAGCUUUACAAGGCAUUCUACGAGCCAAAGAUCAAGACUCCGAUGUGUCAUUUCUUAGGAUCUGUUGAUACAGUCGUGUCGGAGGAUCGAUCAUUACGACUUGUAGAAGCAUGCGUCGACGGCAAGCGGAAAGAAGGUGGUGUCGACAGAGUGAUAUAUCAUCCUGGUGGACACUUUUUGCCGAGCAGUCAGAAACAGUACGUGGCUGCUUUGGUUGCGUUUAUACGAGAAGUGUUAGAUGAACCGAUAGAACAGCCCGGGGCCAAGAAGGAGGAGCGUAUUGAAGAUAUGGACUUACCGUUUUGAGAAGAAUGAAGUGCAUAUUUCAUGAUUCAGACGACGGCAUGCAAGUCAGCUUAUAUAGAGACUAGAUAUAGAUGAUACGCACGAGAACUCUCCG